AUUUUUUGUUGGUCCAUCAAUUUGGCCAUUUUGAUUUGCCUGGCACAUAGCACGAAUGCCGUGCCCACCAACAGCAGCAGCAGCAGCAGCAGCGCAUCCUCUACAAUUGUCCCGGUCGCGCCGGUCACGCCGAGCAGCAUCAGUUCCAGUGCCAGCAGCAGCACCGAGACGCUGGCGGAGCAACAGCAGCCGCAGGGCCAAUGUCUGCUGGACGGGCUCUGGGUGCCGGAGACGACGGUGCACUGCGAGAAGCAGACGAGCUGCCGCGCCAUCCAGCGCACAGGACACUGUUGUCCCGAUUACAAAUGCGAUUGCGAAAAGGAUGGCAAAACUUAUGCGAACGGUGAUAAAUUGGUUGAUCCGGAUACACCGUGCACCGUGUGCUACUGCAAAGGUGGAGAAAUUGUGUGCAGCUCGGUGACAUGUUUCCGACGCGAUGAUUGCAUGCCCAAAUACGUGACCGGUCGCUGCUGUCCGGAGUACGACAAUU